UCCAUGGCUGACUAUGAAACCAACCAUGUUGGUGUCCCAAAAGAGACAGCUUUCCAAGCCUUGAACACCAUCAUCCAGCUCCAUUUUGAGAAAACCCUAGAGAAGAAGCAUGCCAUAGACCUCCAAAAAAAGGAGCUUCACAAACUCUUUCAGAUUUUCUUCAUCUUCCUCUCCCUAGUGUUCUUGACACUCUCCCAUUCACCCCAUCUCCAAUGCCGCCAUUGUUGGAUCCCCAUUACACUCCUCUCCAUGGCCCAUCUCAUCUUCUACGUGUCCGUGGCCCAGACCUUGAGGUGCAUCAAUGGCUUCAAGUACCAGAGGAGGUGUCACAAGCUCACACUUGGGUUGGCAACAAAGAAGCUUAGGGAGAUGAAGAUGAGGUUGAACAGUGAGUGUGAUGGGAUUGCAGACGAUGAAUUUGAGAUUCACUACCAGGAACCCCCUGAGAGUUAUUUUGGUAAGUUCAAGAGGAAUUGGGCUCUUCAUUUUGGGUUCUUGAUCCUUAUCUAUGGGUUUAUGGUCUCUUCCUCUGUCGUUCUCCUCUGUUUUUAG